AUGCCUGGCAUGGCAGCAUGUGCUGCUGCCCCGCCCAAGCUCUGUGAUUGGUCUAUUCGGAUUGGGGUGGAGCGAGGGCGGGUCUCCAGCACAACUGCCAUGGACCAGGAGAGCCCCAACAGGAGCAGGACCUGCUGCCCUUCGCCGGAGGCGCGAGAACACAGAAGGACUCCGCGUGCUCAACCAAUAGGAGACGAGCCGCUCGUCUCCUAUUGGUUGAGCACGCCCUACUGCCGCAGCCAGGCUGGCAGCACUACUGUCAGAUUUUCGGAAACAUACUUGCAACACAUAAUGUCGGGUCCUAUAGUUGAUCUACUGAUAAGGAACGACAAAUCAGCUGCUCUUGAAGCGCUUCGAAAUCUGUGGAGCUACCGUUUAUUGGAGACGUUGCAUCUCGAGAGCUGCGAUCUAAGUGAUCAGGACCUCGAAAGCAUUCGUCCGGGCUCCACUUGCGUCAAAUAUGUCUGCCUUCGCAAUAACCAGCUGGUUCACCCUUGGUCGACAUUAGCGAAAAAUUUCCCAGCUCUCAAUUAUCUGGACUGCAGAGAGAACAGGUGGUUGACAAUGGAUCUGAGCGCCAUGAAAGGAUUACAGCUCGCCCACAUGGAGCACUUGUUUUUGAGUACGCCUGUGUCACAGUGUGCGGCUGAGUUGCGGGAAGUAUUGCCAAAGCUCUCCGAUAUCCAUUAUUCUCUUGCCAACUUUCCCUUUAUGACCGCUAACUCUGACGGGAAUGGGUCUCGGGUUCGAGUGAUUUCCACAACAUCUCUUUCGGAAAACAGCUUGUGUACCUCGUUGUUGUCGGAUGAAUAA